AUGGCUUGGACGCCAAUGGCAGGGCUGGGAACGCGCGCUGGGCGGACAAACGACACGACAAUACGGACGACCACGCGGCACAAAGUCCAGUACGACGGCCAGCAAGAUCUCUCUCGAGCAAAAGACCGACAGAUUCACAACGACCGACCCCAUACCCGGUUAUUCCCAUCACGCAGCCGAGCCGCUGUGCGCCCGAGUGUGCUGCCCCGCUCCCCCACCGACAGCUGUCCGCCGCACAGCAGCCAAGACCACGAACACCGAGACCGCCUCACCACCCGCGGCCUCCCAGCAGCACAACAGCACACAACCAUGCGGCCCAGGAAGCUGUCCAAGACGAGCUUCUCCUUCUCCCCAGCCGCCUCGAGUACAGCCUCGCCAGUCCCCGACGCCGACAAUAGCAGCAGCCCCAGCAUCAACACGACACCGCCACCGGCCUGGCUGCACGACGGCCUGCCUCUACCCCAACUGAUCGUGCUGGACCUCGACUACACGCUAUGGCCGUUCUACUCUGACAUACACGUGGCGCCGCCGCUUAGCAAGGCAGGCUACAGCACGCUGACGGACCGCAACGGCGAGGCGUUCUCGCUGUUCCCGGACGCGCCGCACAUGCUGCGCCUGCUCACCUCCCUACGCGGCACGCGCCUCGCCGUCGCCAGUAAGUCGCCCGUCGGCGACCUGUGCCGCGACAUGCUGAAGCAGCUGCGCCUGCCCGGCGGCGGGACGCCCGAGCGCUUCCCGUGGUCGCCCGUCCCGGCGGCGGCUGAGGGUGCAGCGGCGCCGGAAAAGGGCCCGCGUGUUAUAGAAGUGUUUGACGCAGGGCUCGAGAUCUACGAGGGGUCCAAGGUCCGGCACUUUGAGGCGCUGUUCCGGCGCACGGGGAUUGCCUUCACGGAGAUGCUGUUCUUCGACGACGAGCGGCCCAACCGCGUCGUCGAGACCCUCGGCGUCACCAUGUGCCUAGUGCCGUCGAGCAGCGGGCUGUCGUGGCACGCGCUCGACCGCGGGAUUCGGCAGUGGCGCGCCAACCGCGGCGUGGAGUGA